GUCCACACAGUCUGGAAAAAUUAAACAAAAGUAAAAAAAAUUUAAAUUUCCGCAACGUGUUCCUGCCCACAAAACACACGCCUUCGAAAAAUCAAUAUUCAAACCGAACAUGCCGGGAAACGAAGUCUGGAUUGAUAUUCCGUGCACUGAAGAGUGAUUUCGUUGAAAAAGUCACGACUUGUAUCGAAUAUAUUGAAUACGCAUCAUUUGAAAAAAAAAACGAACAAAAAAAUCCGUGACUGCGCGCGGAACAAAUCUUUUUUGGCAGUCAACUAAGUUACUUCGGAUCGUCACAUUUGCAAUUUGAGAUGAUGAACUUAUUGAGGACGUGUGCUGCUCUAUUGAUGAUCGUCGCAUCAACAUCAUUAGCAAUGGUCAUUCAUCAGCUUCCAAAAGAUCCUGGCAACAUUCUGAUGAAUUCAGAGCCCCGACAUUCAAUGAUGAGUCUGGAUGAUUUCGAUGGGAUUUCCAAGAAAAACAUGGAAUACACGUCACAGCAAAAGCAAGAUGACCAACAGAUCUUCGAUAUUGACGCUGAAAAGCAGGCGCAGUUUCGGGCCUUGUUCGAUGCCAACGAGCCUCUUGAAACAAUCAGCAAGGCAAUGGACUCGAAUGUGCCAAAGAAACGGAUCAAAAGAGUCAAGAGAGGUUCCAAGACGUUUCACCGAAGUCGCACCCAAUUCCCUGACUUCAAAAUCUCCCAAGCCUUAUUGCACCCAAAAAUUCCGAUUGACAUGGAAGAGAUCAUUUCUUCGGCAUUCCAAGAUCACCUCAAGGACGCUUUACUCAAUCCGAAGCAGACUGUGACUGAAUGGGAAUUUUCCGAAAAAUCUGGAUUCCCUGAUAUCGAAUCCAACGAACAGCAUCUCUUGCGAGAUUCUGGGAUGAUGAACUUAUGGAGGACGUGUGCUGCUCUAUUGAUGAUCGUCGCAUCAACAUCAAUAGCUAUGGUCAUUCCUGGCAACAUUCUGAUGAAAUCAGAGCCCCGACAUUCAAUGAUGAGUCUGGAUGAUUUCGAUGGGAUUUCCAAGAAAAACAUGGAAUACACGUCACAACAAAAGCAAGAUGACCAACAGAUCUUCGACAUUGACGCUGAAAAUCAGGCGCAGUUUUGGGCCUUUUUCGAUGCCAACCAGCCUCUUGAAAUAAUCUGCCAGGAAUCCUGGUCCUGUCCCGGACUGACCAACUGGUUUCAUUUAUCCAACACUCGACACCAAAUUAUAUUGGAGACUCUGUCCUCAAUAAGGUACACAGCAGGGAUUUCUGCUGCGCAUGCCUUUUUUGCCACAUGGUCCAAGCACGCCCAAGCACAGAUGCUUUUCUCAGGUUGCGCCCUCUGGUGCAACCCCACUAAAGCCCCCCCUUUGGAUCCUGCUGGCUGGGGCAGUUGGCCAGGUUCGCACAUGUGCCAGCAGGUUGAGGAGUUGCAUCCUCAAUUGGAAUGUGUGCCAGGAAAUGGUGGCCUGCGUCUGUGCCUUGCUGGUCCUAGAACAAAGGACCAAGACUGGUCAGUGCUGGCAGUCAAGUGUUGGUAG